AUGGCUGAACUCCGCGAAUCUUCACCUGCAAUUGCGGACGACGAUGUCAACGUCGACGAGGAAUUGCGUCUGAUGCAGGAACGGCUGAAGCAAAUGGAGGAUGAGCGCAACGCCUUAGAAUCCAACAAGAACGCCUCAGCUUCAACAUCAGUCCCAAAAGGGGAAGAUGGAGAUCUAGACACAGAAAUGGAGGACGAGCCAUCAGCUGUUGACGCCAGGAGUGUAUAUAUCGGCAAUGUGGAUUACGGAGCGACACCAGAGGAGAUACAAGCGCAUUUCCAAGCAUGCGGGACGAUCAAUCGGGUCACUAUUCUAUGCGACAAGUUUACGGGGCAUCCGAAAGGGUACGCGUAUGUAGAGUUCGCAGAACCCUCCAUCGUGCAGAACGCGGUAGUGUUGAACGACAGUAUGUUUAGGGGACGAUUAUUAUCGGUGAAGGAGAAGCGGACGAACGUGCCUGGGAUGAACAUGACGAAUCGUGGACGAGGGCGAGGGAGGGGAAGGGGAGGGUUCAGGCCAUAUAGGGCGAGAGGGCGCGGUAGGGGCCGGGGAUACUAA